AUGCCUGAACUAUAUUUCGAUAGUAUAAUAUCCACAUCUGAUGCUUUCCUAAAGCGUGAAAAGCAAGCUCUAAGCCGGAAAGCUAGACUGGUAAGAAGGAACCUGGUGAAAAAUUCAAGCUCUAAUGCUAGCCUUAGAAAUGGUUCUUCGAUCAAUCCUGCCCAAAUCAGUUUAUUCAGCUCUUCAAAUUUCAAUACUGUGUCUUCAGAAGGUAUUAGUACGCGAGAAAGAAAGAGAAAAACCAAUAUUGUAAACAUCACUCAUCAGAGUGCGCCAGCAGACACAUCAUCUAGUAGUGCACAUCUUGCCAGUAAAACAGAGAGCUCUGAAGAAGUGGAAUGGCCUUCUUUGUACGAAUACUUGGAGGUUGAAGAUUGUGUUUUUACCGAAUUGAUGCAAGGCCUGGAUAUCAACGUUGAGCAGCUUAUCAAUAUUGAUGAACACACUCUGCUUCAAUAUGAAGGAGAAACCGUCGAGUUAGGCGGCGAAACAGCUAGAUACGUAAAAGUUAUGAAAGAUGACGAUGAGAUCGUUAUUCUGAAGGUGGUUCCGUCAACACAUAAAAUGUCAUUGAUGAUGGAGGAAAAGCCGAUGAUCAAACGUAGUAAUAUGAAUGAGACUGCUGAUCAUGUAUCCAAACUUGAAAGCAAAAUGGUUUUGCCUGUUAUUUCUGGCAAGUCUUCUGUUUCAAUCCGAGGAAGAAAAUGUAGACGUUGGAAUUGGGAUAAAGAUAACUAUGAAGAUGUGGUAGUCUCCCGAGUCUCCAAAGCAGGAUGGAAUGUCAAAGAGAACUCUUUUUGGGAUUGGGAGGACGAAUGGUCCAAUGCUAAAGCCAUUUGUCGCAAAUGUGAUUUGAAACUCGAUCGUAGAAAGGAGGAUAAUGGUGCUUCUCAAAUCUUCAGCACUCCUAAUCCUUAUGUUAAUUCUAAUAACAAUUUGUCUGAUAUUCCGAUGUCACCAAGUGUGGAAAGUGACCAAUCGGGCAUGUUAAGUGACCCUGUGCUUUUCAACGAAUGUGAUGGAGAUGAAAUCAAUACUGAAACCUUGUACGAAUCUAUGAAUAUUGACAGCUCUGGUUUAGUAGAUUUAGGAUAUAUAGAAGAUUUAUAA